AUGAUUGAAGUAAUCAAAUGGGGUGAUAUAAAAACACAAAGUUUCCUUGAGUUUUGCUCUUCUGCUCAAAAUUUCCCAACACUUCUAUUCGUGCAGGUAGCGGGUGCUAUGUCGAUGAAUAUCGAGGAAAUGAGUACCACCAAGGUCUGUCAUUUCGCCGGCGAACGCCCAUUUUCCAAGAACGUGGAUGCAAUAUUCAUGGAUUGA